GCUCAGGCCGGGGCGGGCCGGGCGGGCGCUGUGGCGGAGGCGCCGCCGCCAUUUCGGUGUCUGCGGGAGCGGGGCCAGGGCAGCGGCGAGGCGGCGGCGAUGGAUGCCGGAGCCCGCCCGGGCGGCGGCGGCAGCGCCCCGGGGCAGUCCCGCGAGUACAAACUGGUGAUGCUGGGCGCGGGCGGCGUCGGCAAGAGCGCCAUGACCAUGCAGUUCAUCAGCCACCGCUUCCCGGAGGACCACGAUCCCACCAUUGAGGACGCCUACAAAAUCCGGAUCCGCAUCGAUGAUGAGCCUGCCAACCUGGACAUUUUGGACACAGCAGGACAGGCAGAGUUCACGGCCAUGAGGGACCAGUACAUGAGGGCUGGCGAGGGUUUCAUCAUCUGCUACUCCAUCACGGACCGGCGCAGCUUCCACGAGGUGCGCGAGUUCAAGCAGCUCAUCUACCGCGUGCGCCGCACCGACGACACGCCCGUGGUGCUGGUGGGCAACAAGUCCGACCUCACCCAGCUGCGCCAGGUGUCCAAGGAGGAGGGCUCUGCCCUGGCUCGGGAGUUCAGCUGCCCCUUCUUCGAGACUUCGGCCGCCUUCCGCUACUACAUCGACGACGUGUUCCACGCGCUGGUGCGCGAGAUCCGCAGGAAGGAGCGCGAGGCCGUCAUGGCCUUGGAGAAGAGGUCCAAGCCCAAAAGCAGCGUCUGGAAAAGACUCAAGUCCCCCUUUCGGAGGAAGAAGGAUUCGGUCACCUGAACAGAACAGCCCUCAGCGGAGCAGGACAGAGCUGUGACCUUUUGUAGCCGAAGCAGCUGGGUGACAACACCGGCAGGACGUGCCACACCCCAGGGGACUUUGGAGGUGACUCUGCCGGGUGUUUUUGUUUAGAACCAUGUUGCCUUGAUUCUGGGUGUUGAACUUCAGGCCCAGUGACAGUUGUGCUUUGUUUGUUGUCAUUUUUUUACUGGCCCCAGCACGUGUUGGCCACUGAGGCCGAUGGGUUCGUGGCCCUGCACUUUGGAGUGUUUGUCCUUUGCCCUGGAAGCUGAACCUGAAAGCUUUGCUGGGCUUGGGCCCAGCCUCUCUGAAUCCCUGCUGUUUGCACAGGAGGAUUUUGCUGCUCUCCAGAACAACAAUGCACAGUGUGAGAGGCUGAGCAGGCGUUCACAAAGUGUCCUGGCCUUGGAGGUCACCGAGCAGAGCUGGGCUGGACUCCUGUGCCCUCAUGGAACAGAUUUUUUUCCAGGAAAAUUGACGUGGAAUACUCGUGUGUGAGUUCAUCCAAGAGAUCAUUCACCAGCAGGGCUGUAAACAAGCCAGAAUCACAGAAUCAUUUAAAUUAAAAAGAGCUCUGGUGUCGUUGAGUCCAACCUGAGACCCAGAGCAGAGCAUUCAGUGCCAGUCCAGUCCUUUAAACACCUCCAGGGACUGUGACUCCUCCACCUCCUGAGCAGCCCCCUCCAAACUCCAUCCCCUUUGUCAUAAAGGUGGCUCCUGUGGCACUGUGACCUGGCAGCAGGGCAGGACCGUGGGGUUUUCCUGCUGCAAACAGCACUGGGGGUGCUGCCCCAGCCCGUGGGGUGUGAUGUGCUGGAGGAGGCACAGCCUGGAGCUUCCUGGCUUCUUAAAAUCCUGCUGGGAGUGGGGCUGGGGCUGAUUUUGGGUCAUCCUGAGGGAAGCAGAGGCUCUGGGGAGUGCAGCUCUCUGCAGUCACUCCCAGCUGCUCUCUGGAGCUGUUUUGCAGAGAAAGGGGCAGAUCCUGAGGGUCUGGCCCAGAGCUGACAUCCCCUGGUCCUGCUGAGGCUCUCCUGGAGCAGGGCAGGGAAGCCCAGCCCCAGCAGCUCCUCCCCUCCCUGCCCUCACCUGUGCAGGUGAUCCAGGCAGGCCUGGGGCACCUUGUGAUGCUCACAAAGAACGAUUCCCCUGUGGGGCAGAUCCUGCACACCUGGAGGGGCUCUGUGCCCUCGAGUUUAUGAUUUUACAGCAGUUUUGGGAUCAGGUGCUUGAUGCUCCUGCAGGCUUUGCUGUUUAACAAGAGGACAAAUCACAGCUGGGUUAUUCAGACCUGUUAAAAGCAGUUUUUUUCUGAACCAAGUGCCUGCAAUCCUUCAGUGUGAGAGUGAAAGGACUGAUUAGACCUGAGUGAUGUCCUGAUGUCCAGGACUGCCAUCCAAACUGAAACCCAGGUGUGAAAGGAUUGGUAAAGAAAGUGAGGAUUAAAAAAUAUAUAUAAAUAUGUAUGUAUAUAGAAAAACUCCUUAUUACCUAAGAUAGGACUGGAAAUCCUGUGCCUGUUGGUUUGAAGAAUAUUUUCUUUGUUUUAAACAAGAUUUAAACAAAUGAGAAGUGGGGGCUACAUUUUACAUUUGCUUUGUGAUGAGCUGAACAUUUAAAUUGGUUUCCAUUUCUCGUCUCCUCCCAGUGCUACACUGCUCUGACAGCAAUACAGAAUUUAAAAAAAGGCUUGGAAAAGGCUGAGGGGAAUUCAGAUUGUUCAGGAUUUCAGAUUCUUCCAGGUUCCUGUGUGAGCGUCCCUUCAGCCUUCAGUGGUGUUCUCAUUCAUUAAAAUCUGUCUAAAACUCACAUUAAAACACCUCCUGGCCAGAAACUGGAGGAAGAGGAGGAGGAAGGAGCUGAGCAGUGGCUCUGAAGCAUUUUUGGGCUCUGUCAGGUGUUUCAGACAGUGAUGAUGCAUUUUUAGUGCUUUUCCUUAAAUCUCCAUCAGCUCUCAGAGCUCAGCUGAAGGAGCCUGGCAGAGGUGCUGAACUCUUUUUUUAGGACUAUUUUCACCCCUAAAAACCUGAAUUCUGUGCCUUACCUGAGUCCUGCAGUGCAGUUUAGGAGUUUACUAAUGCCUGUUGCUUCUAGAAUUCAUACAGCAGAACAGCAGCCAGCACUUUUUUUUGGUUUUUUUUUACACAGUGUUAUUCAAAGAGUUUUAUUUUUUGUCAUGUAUAAAUUUGUACACAGAGUGAUGGUUUUAUGUGACACAAUACAUAUAAUUUUUAAUACAAA